CCAGGGCACUUCCGCCUGCUCUCCGAGGCGAGGCGCUCCGCGUGGCGGAAACGUCUUUCCCGGUGUCUGGGAGGCCCAAGGAGGACCUGGGCCGGGCGGGACUCGGUUCCGAAGCAGAAAGCUAAUGUCAAAGCCCUUGACAUGAAACCCUAAGAUCUGGGAGCCACUUCAGAGUCCUCUAGUUUCUGAGAAGUCAAUCCAUCUCUGGCAAUGGUGGUGUUUGAGGACGUGGCUGUGGACUUCACCUGGGAAGAGUGGCAGCAGCUGGAUGAUGAGCAGAGGAGACUGUACAGGGACGUGAUGCUGGAGACGUACAGUCACCUAGUCUCACUGGAUAUUCAACCUGAGCAUGACGUGAGUAAACAUAACCAGAGAAAUCAAGGUAGACUGUUUGAACAAGCUGGAAUUACCAAGAGGAAAGUCACAACAAAUGAGAGAAGUGAAUGGACUUCUGUCCACGUUUCAAAAGUGAUAACUAAUGAAAAUUUUUCUGUCAUGAUGCCUGAAAAGUAUUAUGUAAAUAAGAGUAGUUUUCUGACUAUUGAUCCUGAUGAGAUCAACACUAUACAGAAACUUGAAGGCCACGGAGCAUUCUAUGAUCUAUGUAAUAUCACCAAACAUCCAGAAAUGCAAUCUGGUGAAAAACCUCAUGAGUUUCAGAUACCCAGUCAGCUCUUAGUCCUCAGUAUUCCUCAAAGAACACACAUUCUAAACAGAAUACAGAAAUGUAAUGAAUUUGAAAAAGCUUUAUUUGAAUCACAAAGGCUCAUUGAACAACAAAGAAUACACACAGGAGAGAAAUACUAUAGCUGUAAAGAAUGGGAAAAAAACUGGCAAUCAAGCUUCUUUCAACCUGAGAGAAUUCUCACAGGAGAGAAACCUUAUGAAUGUAAAGAAUGUCAGAAAAAAUUCUCAUGGAAAGCAUCCCUUAUUCAUCAUGAGAGAAUUCACACGGGAGAGAAACCCUAUGAAUGCAAAAAGUGUAAGAAACGUUUUUCUGGUAAAUCACACCUCACUAGACAUGAGAGAAUUCACACGGGAGAGAAACCCUAUCAGUGUAAAGAAUGUACGAAAACUUUCUCACAGAAGUCAUCCCUCUCUGAACAUGAGAGAAUUCACACAGGAGAAAAACCCUAUCAAUGUAAAGAAUGUAAGAAAACUUUCUAUGUUAAAUCCCACCUCACUAGACAUGAGAGAGUUCACACAGGAGAGAAACCCUAUCAAUGUAAACAAUGUAGGAAAAGUUUUUCUGAUAAGUUACACCUCAACAGACAUGAGAGAAUUCACACAGGAGAGAAACCCUAUCAAUGUAAACAAUGUCGAAAAAUGUUCUCGUCAAAAGCUUAUGUCAGUCAACAUGAGAGAAUUCACACAGGAGAGAAACCCUAUCAAUGUAAAGAAUGUAAGAAAAGUUUCUCUGGUAAGUCACACCUCACGAGACAUGAGAGGAUUCACACUGGGCAGAAACCCUAUGAAUGCAAAGAAUGUAAGAAAAGUUUCUAUGGUAAGUCACAUCUCACUAUACAUGAGAGAAUUCACACCGGAAAGAAACCCUACGAAUGUAAAAUAUGUAGGAAAGCAUUCAUGUGUAAGUCAGUACUCACUAAACAUGAGAGAAUUCACACAGGAGAGAGACCCUAUCAAUGUAAAGAAUGUAGGAAAUGUUUUGCUGAUAAGUCAUACCUUACUCUACAUGAGAGAAUUCACACAGGAGAGAAACCCUAUCAAUGUAAAGAAUGUAGGAAAAGUUUCUCUGGUAAGUCAUACCUCAAUCAACAUCAGAAAACUCAUACAGGAGAGAAACCUUAUGAAUGUAAAGAAUGUAGAAAAAGUUUCUUCCAGAAGUCAUCCCUCACUGAACACGAGAGAAUUCAUACAGGAGAGAAACCCUAUGAAUGUAAAGAUUGUAAGAAAAGUUUCACCAGUAAAUCACACCUCACUAGACAUGAGAGAAUUCACACAGGAGAGAAACCCUAUCAAUGUAAACAAUGUAGGAAAAGUUUUGCUGAUAAAUUAUACCUCAACAGACAUGAGAGAAUUCACACAAGAGAGAAAACCUAUCCAUAUAAAGAAUGUCCAAAAAUGCCCUCAUUGAAAUCAUACAUUAGUCAACAUGAGAAAAUUCACACAGGAGAGAAACACUAUGCAUAUAAAUACAGAAAAUCAUUCUCAUGGGAAUCAGACCUCAGUAUCAUUAAGCAGUUCACUCAAGAGAGAGACUUCAUGGAUGUAAAGAAUGUAGAAAAAUAAAAGGGAAAUCACUUCAUCAGAGAAUUUGCAGUGUAAAGAAUUCAAGAUUUUUACAAAAGUGGGGCUUCACUGAACAUGAGAGAAUUCACAGAGGAAAGGAGAUACAUGAAUGUAAAGCCAGGAUGACAUUCUUGUGGAAGUUGGGAGCAAAUUCACAUAAGAAAAAAAUCGAAGGUUGUAAAUAUUGUAAAACUUGCCCUAAUGUAAAGCUUC